AAGGCGCGACGAAAUGACAAGAAGAGAGGAAAGAGGGAAGUCACAACGUCGCAUCACAAUCGACGCUUCGGGUCGCCGGACUAAGGGCCGACGUAGUGCAUUGUUGACAUUACGUAUGGAUGAUGUUUAACCGGCUUCGAUAAGCGUUUCAAGGUGAAUAAAAGUAAGCUUUUGUACAGGUGGUCUGCGAAAUUGAAAAUGCAUUGACAAUCGGAGAGUAGCGCUGACGUGUGUGCAGCAAUGUCUAAAGACGAGACGUUGGAAGAUAUAUUGUCGGACAUCCCGAAAGAGGUGUUGACGGGUUACGAUGCCGAAGAAGCCUUUACACCCAAUUAUAAAGAGGCGUUAUUCCCUCGAAGUCGGCCACCCGACGCCCCGAUUAUUGAAAAAACACAGUCCGUCUUCCACGAGGAAGAAACUAUCGAUCCCGAGGAUAAUUUUUACUUUGAAUCCGAUCACUUGGCUUUAAAAGGUAACAAGGAUUACAGGGAUCUGCUUAAAGUCAUAGUUACUCUUCAAGCGCAACGCACGCAGGCUAUUAAGGACCUGGACGUGUUGUUGUUGGCUAAGAAACAGGCACUGGAAGAUCCAAUAGCUUAUGUUGCUAAAUUACAAAAUGGGGAUCUGCCAGAGUAUCCUGGACCACAGAAGAUACCCGAGCUGCCGGAAAUCGAUUGGUCUAAAUAUAAUGUGGCUCAACCCGAUAACAACAUGAGGCCACAAACUCGUAAUGCCAAGAAUACACCUCAACCUAAAGAUAUCAAGUUUGAAGACAAUUCAAAUAAACUGCUCGUUAGAGGUAGGACAUUUGAUGAAACUAAACCUGAAACUUUCAACAAAUUAUGGACAACGGACGAACAAAGGCGAUUAGAGGAACUGCUGAUUAAAUAUCCUCCCGAAGAUAUAGAGAUGAGAAGAUGGACUAAAAUUGCUAAUGCUCUGGGAAAUCGUACACCAAAGCAAGUAUCGAGUAGAGUACAAAAAUAUUUUAUCAAACUUAUGAAGGCUGGGCUGCCUAUUCCAGGCAGAGGACCAAAAAUGAAAAGUGAAAUAAGAAAAAGUUCCAGUCGUCACAAAAGUAAUUAUACAUCUUUUCGAAAAUCAACAUUUUUUCCACACGAGCAAAUUCUUGAUGAAAUUAAGAGAGAACCUAGUCAAGAUGAAUCUGAUGAUGAUGAUUUAGUGGAUACUCCUGAUAAUAAUGGUGAUAACGAUGAGCUAAGCCAAAUGGAAUUACUACGACAAGUUAAAAUUGAAAAAUAUAAUAGUAAAGAAUCAACUUAUCUACAUUUUGGAUAUAAGUGUUAUAUUUGUGGCGAAGCGCCUAUAAAACAUAUAAGAUGGCAUUGCAAAGAGUGUCAAGAACAAGUUGAUUUGUGCUCAGAUUGUGCUAUAGCUCAACUAGAAGCUGAAGAUCCCAUUCAUCCUUCAACCCACAAGCUCGAAGUUGUACGACCACCGAAAUAUUCAAAGUACCAUGACACCGAUUAUCUUCCACAAAAUUUUAGUACUACUUCGUACAACUACUUGGACCCAAACUAUUUACCUGAUUAG